AUAUGGUACCCCUCCCCGUGUUCUCGACACUCUUUGACUUACAGUAGUGCGGCUGGGCUCAAGCCUCGCGUUGGGAGACGCUCUGCAACGGGUGUCCGAAGCGGAAAGGGGCGAGUGAUUCCCAAUCCUCGCUUACGCUGCCUGCGUAGCAUGCGCUGAGGAAGAAAUCCCGGGCAGCGCUUUUCUCCACCCGCUGCCUCUGCGCCGUUGACGUAGUAUGCCCCAAGAUGGCGCCGCGGUCGUCGUCGUUGGCGGCGGUGGCCGAAACGCUGGCAGAAGCUGCGGUACUAGUACUGGAGCAGCAGAGAGAGGGAACAAGGCGGCGGGUGGACGGCGACAGUAUUUGUAGCAAGUAGCGGUGCAGAGGGGGCUUCCCCUCCCUUUCGGCUGUUGUGUGUGGAGGCAGAGACUCUCUGGGAUAGCGGGUCCCCCGCCCCCUUCAGGCAGGGAGACCCCCAACCUACCCGAGUGCGGAGCAGACACCCUUUUCUCGGCUCAUCUCGCUGCUGCCUCCCUGGUGGGCCUUCCCACCCCUUGCCCCGAUCGGAGAUGAUGAAGCUCAAGUCCAACCAGACUCGAACCUACGACGGGGACGGAUACAAGAAACGGGCGGCUUGCCUCUGCUUCCGCAACGAGAGCGAGGAGGAGGUGCUGUUAGUUAGCAGUAGUCGUCAUCCUGACAGAUGGAUUGUCCCUGGAGGUGGAAUGGAGCCUGAAGAGGAGCCUAGUGUGGCUGCUGUGCGGGAAGUUUGUGAAGAGGCUGGAGUGAAAGGGACAUUAGGAAGAUUAGUAGGAAUUUUUGAGAACCAAGACAGGAAACACAGAACAUAUGUUUACGUACUUAUUGUCACAGAAGUAUUGGAAGAUUGGGAGGAUUCUGUGAAUAUCGGAAGGAAAAGGGAAUGGUUUAAGAUAGAUGAUGCCAUAAAAGUUCUGCAGUAUCACAAACCUGUACAGGCUUCAUACUUUGAAACCUUAAGGCAAGGCUAUUUGGCUAAUAAUGGCACUCCUGUUGUGACCACAUCAUUCUCGAAGGAGAGCACACUAUCCGACAUCAGAUGACUGAAGAUAACCCUAUCAGAAAAGUUUGAAACAUAGACUGAAACUUGGAUUUCCUUUCUUCCCCUCUUCUCGCGGCUUUCACAUGUGUUAUUUGGUAAACAAGACAUGUGCAGCAGCCUUUGGCAGAGCAGGUGUUUGAGUGUUGCAUUAUAGUGCAAAGUGGGUGGUUUGGGAUUUUUUGUUUUUGCUUUUUCUUGGAUAUGUAUUUUGUAAUACACAUUUUGUGCAUGAAGUGCCCCUUCCCUAUUAACAAAAUUUUGACAAUGUGAACAGCAAGGCUAUUAGUUUCAUCUAUGCCUUGUCUUCUGAAAUGUUCUUGUAUAUUAUUCCAGCCAUAGCCAAAUCUCUUAUCUUUUCAGUAAAGAAGGCUACAAAUGUGA